UCCUGUGCCGCAGCCGCUCCCUCUUCUUUCUCGUCGUCCCACAGCCGCGUCGUCUCACAGCCGCUCCCUCCACUCCACCCGAGUAGUGCAGCCGCGAGCCUCCCGUUCCUCUCUUUCUCACAUGGAAAUAAGAGCUCUAUUUCCUUCUGACUACAACCCAUUUUAUGCUGGAUUUGGGAACAGAGACACUGAUGAGCUCAGCUACAGGAAGAUUGGUAUACCAAAAGGAAAAAUAUUUAUUAUAAAUCCCAAGGGUGAAGUGGCCAUUGAUAAUUGCGUUGAUUCAAGGUCAUAUUGUUCUUUGCAUACGCUAGUGAAUGAUAUGUUCCCCCCAACGUCUCCGGAGCAGCCAGUACUCCAAUGCACUUAGAUGCAGAAUUGAGCUAGGUCUCCUGAUCAAAUAUUAUUGGUACGGAUCAAGAUGUUGGCUGCGUUUGACCAGACUGACUUACGGCACUGUAGCCGUUGUCGGGUUUGACAAAACAGACUGGCUAAGAAGGCAAGCAGUAGAUGGAAGGACAUUAGAAAGUAGCCAGGCUGUCUGUUUAUUCUCCUCUUUCUCUAUAAUUCGCUUCUUUAUAGCGUGUUUAAAGGGAGUAGUUGCCCAUUUGAACACUCAGAUCGAUUUGUAUGAGCAGCAGAUCCAGUGUAGGGUGUAAAAAGCUUGGUGGUCAACCAGAAGGCGGUGAACCUGAAAAGGAUCCUGGGAUUGGGGUUGCAGAAGGUGGGGGUGAUGGGGCUGCCGCCGGUGGGCUGCAUCUCCCUGAGUACGGCCAACUCAUCCUACACUCGCUACGAUGCCUCCGGCAAUAGGCUUGUCACCUAUCACAAUAGCCUACUGCAGAAGGCCAUCGACGCCAUCAAGGUGCCCUCAGCCGCCCAUCCGCCAUCGCCGUUCUUGAUCUCUACGCUCCCUUCACCUCCGCGCUACAGGGUUUGCAUCCUUUCCCCCUUCCCCUGCUUUCUUGAUUCGUCUUUCUGAUCUGUUGAUUAUACAAAAUUUAACAACUGACCUAACUGGCCCCCCUCUCCUCCAUACAUUACAUCGACUGAUGACGCAACCAACUCCUAUGUUGACACCAAAACUGCUACUGUCUAUGCAUUUGGAGAAAGAAAGGGAAUCCAACCGACUCCCCACAAAACUUGGAUUCAGGCUUCGGGUGGGACCCACUACAAGAAUUUGACAUGGUGGUGUUCCCUGUUUUUCUUCUUAAAAGUUUUUUUUUUUUUGGUUGGAAAUAUUCAAAUGAAAAAUAGUUGAAAAAAAAAAGAUUUACUCAUUUGAGCUUUA